CAAAAGUUGAUUUUCCAGUUGGAAACCAAGCAAAGAGUGUCAGUUCCACAGCAGAAUCGGAGGCGAGUGCAGUGAGUUCUUUGUUGCUGUGUCGCGUUGCGUACAGAACAGUGGCCAAAUUAAAUUUUCUAAGUGUUAGGAAUAUAGGAGUGAGAUAAGUUUUCUAUUCAUCACCUAAAUCCACUUGUUGGUAACACUCUUGCACUGUUGAGAAUUUCACAAGUGCUCCCCCAUUGAUUAACAAUCAUUGUGCGCGUCGAAAUUGUUAAGGCGGAACUAAGCAAAGGAAACAAUAAUAAUAAAAAAAAAGGAAGAAGGGAUCAUUCACCUUUUAUUGGCCUUUUGCGAAAGGAUAGUGCGAAUGACCUGAAAAGUGAAGAGGAUCCAAGUGUUGCGCGUGAGAAAAUUUUUUCCACAAGUGACCAUUGAGAACUCAACCAGUGUUUCUUUGGAUUUGUAACAUGAGAUAAAUCUUCUCACACACUCUUUUAUUAAUUUGGUUUUCUCGGUGUCAAUUGUGCGCUCGCAGAAAACAACCAACAAUGUCGCUCGAUUGUGGAACAUGGAUCGCCAAAUACGUACUGUGCCUUUUCAACUUCAUCUUUUUCAUUCUUGGUACAGUAGUACUUGGCAUAGGAAUAUGGCUAGCAGCAGACAAAUCAUCCUUUGUUGCCCUGCUGAAGAUGGUAGAGAAUGAGCAUAUUGAGCAAUUUACUCAGCCAGCCGUUAUUGAUCAACUCGCCUAUGUCCUCAUAGUUUGCGGAAGUGUAACAUUCCUGCUCAGUUUUUUGGGCUAUUGUGGUGCCAUUCGAGAGAGUAAAUGUCUCCUAACAACGUAUGCAUCUCUGAUGAUCUUAAUCCUCGUGGCGGAAAUUUGCGUGGGAAGUAUUGCAGCCGCCUACAAGGAUCGCACAAAGGCCGAAACUAAAACUUUCCUGCAGUCAACAAUAACACGAUACUAUUCUACGAAAGAACACACAGACGCUGUAACUCUCAUGUGGAAUCACAUAAUGGCUCAGAUGUCUUGCUGUGGUGUCAAUGACUACAAAGAUUUCAGUUCAUCGGAAAAUUGGAUGCGUGAUCGGGGAAAUAGAACAAUUCCUGAGGCAUGCUGUAUGCUCACAGAUAAAUCUCUGUUGGAAUUGAGAGAUCCCAAUUGUCCCUAUUCACCAUCAGAGAACAACAGUUACUACAAAAAGGGUUGCUACGAGACUGUCCUCGAAUGGAUACUCUCCCAUCAGACCCUGAUCAUUGGGGUGGGAAUUGGUAUAGGUCUCAUACAAUUAUUGGCAAUUUUCCUCGCAUUUUGCCUUUGCAAAGCCAUUGACAAAUUUCGCGGAAUGAGACUCUAAAGGAGCAAGAAAAAAGUCAUCAUCGUCUUAUAAAAAAAAAACUUUUGUGUGAGAAUAAGACGAUUAUGAGGAAGAAUGAAUCCCACAGAAAAUCACUCAAAUUCACACCCUAUUCACACUCAUUGUACAAUGUCUUUUUCGUCCUCAAACAUUGCAAAGAACUGGACAGGUGAAUCACGUUUUCGAUUGUUCGCAAAAGGUACGCAAAACAGGAAAACGGAAGUAAUAGAGUAAGAAAAGAAAAGACCAAGAGGAAGAGAAGAAAAUUUAGAUUUAAGAAAUCACGAAAUAUCCAUUGAAAUAUUUGUGUAAAACUGUUUAGAAAGAAAGGCAAUAUAUAAUUUCUUUAUCUGA